GCAAAGGGUCUUCCCGGCGCAUAUGUUGCUAUCGGAAUUUUUUUUUCGCAGAACUUCAUUAGACAAACGUGUAGUGUCGAUUCGAAGAACAAUAGCCCAUCCUUUCUCCCACAAUACAAGAACAAAACCAAAAGCCAAUGCGUCGUAUUUCAGAGGGGCCAAUCGAGCCUCCAGCCACGGCAGCCUACAAUUCACCGCCCACGGUUGGAGUCGCGUAUCGACCCUUAUCAGGAGCACGAGUAGCUGUACCGCCACCGCCUUACGUACUACCACCACGAAGUCAAGGGACCACAGAGUUUAGACCUGCUUCGUCGUCCAAUAUUAGAGUGCAGACAAGUGCUGUGCCACAAUCACAAAGGACGACUCAACAACCAGCGCUGUUUUAUCCAGACGACUUAGGCGCGAGCACAGAUUCGAAGGUGGUGAAUACUUGAAAAAUAUGCUGAGAGCGUUAUAGAUACUGAUGUCAUAUACCUACGAUGGUCACACUCACACAGAACUUCGUCUUUGAUGUAUAAUCUGCAGCCAAUUUAAGCUCCUCACAAAAUGAUCAGGGCGGCGAAGAAUUCUCCCCACGACUUCCUGAGACGCAGUUAGCCGAAGACUUCGAAAGCGAAAUCUUGAAGCUGAAACACGAUGACUUGACGAGAAGAGUACUACUUCUAUCUAAUUAACUAGACUUCAGUUAUUGUUUCACACCUUCCUCGUUGAGGUACACCUACUAGAAGAGAUAAUUUUUUCUUUCUCCAAGAUUUCAAUUUCAAUUUCUACUAGAGAUUUUUUCAGAAUUUCUGAUUUUUUGUUCCAAUUUCUAGGAUUGAAUACUCCCCAGGUAUUUCUACUAGAGAUAAUUUCAGAAUUUCUGUAAGAUUUCAAUUUCAAUUUCUAGGAUUGAAUACUCCCCAGGUCGACUUCCUCGAAUCCAUAGUCCUCAAGGUGGUCCACCAAGAAGAAACUUUGGAUGAGCGAGUAAGACUACGGAAUGCCAAGUUCGCAGUGAAAGAGAAUGAGCAUCACGGCGGAGACCGUGGUUACGACGUCAUGUACCACCAUGUACACGAUCCAGCGACUGAUGCGCAUAAAUUCCCGCACUUGGGUCAGGGAGGAGGAGGAGUCGGAGUUAUGAAGACUUGGUGUUGUGUAUUUGAUUUACUCACUAUCUUCUGGAUGGAGGCUUUGUUACAGAAUUUUUGAAACGUCCAGGACACGCUGCUAGCACCAAGCGCUUAGACUUAUGCUUAGACUUAUACUUCUGAUGUACUUAUAUAAAUACACAUAGAUAAAGUAAGAAUAAACAGGAAGUGACUAGACAUCAUCAACAAGAUCAACAUCAUACUUACAACAGCACAUCUUCAAUUGUUCUUAGAUGGAGUGGAGGACCUGCCACCUGUGUAUACGUCGAGUUUGUGUGUGUCCUCUUCUUCUAACGGCAGUAUCGGAAGUAGCGCAAACUUCCAAGAUCACGGUAGCACAGGUGGGUCGUUUUCGAACCUUGGCUCGGGAGGAAUUUUCGGUAAGCCAUUAACAAGGAGGCCUCCAGUGCGGAAGGACCCUCUACUCCCAGAUCCAGAGGAAGAUUUGAUGGGUGACUUUUCUGAAGGGUUCGCGGCGCAGUUGAUGUAUUGAAGAAAGAAAAUGUGAAGUAGUAGAGAAGAUGUGAAGUAGUAAGAACAAGAACAUUUCUGUUUUCAUAAAACACAAACACGAGGAUCUGAUGAAGUGACGUCGCAACACUGUGAUAUCAAAUUCGCCAUUUUUCAAAUAUACUAUGGGGCUGACAGGACGACGAUAGCGCCGGCGCUUAAUUAGUUUUAGCAGAUAGGGGGAAAUUUGAGGAGCGUGCCGCCUUUUCUCUUUUCUACCUUCCUCUGGUCUUCCUUUUUUCUAGUUAGGUCUGCUCCGCCACAAUUAUACUACGCCUCUACAUGAUAAUAUGUGGGUUUGUCAUCUCGGCAGAACUGGAGCAAGGGCAGGCAGACGAACUUCUGCCGGGCUGACCUCACCAUGCUGGGUCAGAGGCAGGCUGUUCCUUUUUUUCUCUGGUUGACGAAAAUAGAGAACAAAACACUUUUCUUUUGAGACACCAGUCAGAACGAAGGCAGAUCUUCUUCUCCAGAUUGAGAGUUGUACUAUUGGCUGGUGUCUCAUUAAGCAACUGAGCGCCAUCACCGAUGAUGCCAAGAGAGAAAGGAAAUAACUCAUCACGACGAUGCAUGAUACGACGAAAAAGUGUCAUCAAGAAGAAAUAUGGUCCGCUCUGACUAUCAUCUACUACUCUCCUUAGUUAGACAGAUGUACCAGUAGUUGUAUGUGGGAGGUGGUGAUUUUUGUAAGUAUGUAAUUCGUGGCUGUGUAAUGCAUUUUUUAGUAGAAUGAAGAGAUAGAAGUAGUACAAGUCCUUUUUCAAAUGACCCCGUCGCGCACAGGGGUUAAACUCUCGAUGCUGCCAGUUUGCUGCUGAGUCUCUGCGUCCUCGUUGUCGUGUAUCGGCUGGCACUGGCGACGCUCAUACACCCACGUUCGCUAUUGAUCAAAAUUAUGAUGAUGAAAUUAAUAUAGACUCCGGUUCUAGCCAGAAAAUGUUCUAAGAGUUCGAUCAUACCCCGACAAGAUUAAGACAAGAGUUUCUCUAUCAAAAAUUCGUGAACUUUUUCUUGCACGGUCUUGAGCAUUGUGGGCCGUCGUACUUGAAAUCAGUUGAGAUCCAAGAAUGUAAUGAAAUGAAAGUGCGAUCUUUUCUCGCACGCAAGAAUGAAACUGGAAUUCAUCAAACUUCUUUGAAUGCAGAAAUGCCUCGUGCGCAUCCUUUUCCUUCUUUUCUGCUCUACUGACGGGAGAUUUUUCCUCCUUGG